CCAGUUCCACAGGCGUUUCUAAAUCAUUCAGGGACGCCCUGAUACAAAAACGCCCCGCAGUCGGUUCGACUUCUAGCUACCGAAUUAGCAAGGCUAGCUAGCUCAGCCACUAAGAGCGGACAUGUUGAGCCGGCCCCUCCGUGAUUGAACACCACUUUACUAAGAAUUCGGCUGCUUGGGCAAAGAGUCGGCUAUUCGGGCAAUCAUGGACGCCGUCAAUGCAUUUAAUCAUGAGUUAUUCUCAUUGAUGGACACGAAGCCCCCGAUCUCUCGAGCGAAGAUGAUCUCCAUUACUAAAUCAGCCAUUAAAGCAAUGAAAUUGUAUAAGCAUGUUGUCCAGAUUGUUGAGAAGUUUAUCAAAAAGUGUAAACCAGAGUACAAGGUGGCAGGCCUGUAUGUGGUGGACUCCAUCGUCAGACAGUCUCGACACCAGUUUGGAACCGACAAGGAUGUGUUCGGCCCAAGGUUCACCAAGAACAUCACCGGAACCUUCCAGAACCUCUGUCUUUGUCCUGUGGAGGACAGGAGUAAGAUAGUCCGCGUGCUCAACCUGUGGCAGAAAAAUGGGGUGUUUAAGAUUGAAGUCAUCCAACCUCUGUUAGACAUGGCUGCCGGGUCCGGCAGCUCUGCGGCCUUCACCGACAUGGACGACCCCGACACAGGUUCGCCCCCGUCGCCAGAGAAGGAGUCUGUUGCCGCGGUAACGACUAACUCCAUUGUCGCCGCUGUUCCUCAGCUGCAAAACUCUGAUGCCUUUGCUGCUGUGGCACAGCUGUUUCAGUCUUCACAAGGACAACAGCUCCAGCAGAUGCUUCAGACCUUCCAGCAGCAGCCGGGAAAGCUCCAGACACACGCGCAGCCUCCGGCCAACCUCCACCACUCACAAGCCCAGGCCCAGACACAUCCCCACCUCCAGCCCCAGAACCUCACCCCUGGCCUGGGCACGGUGGCUCCGCAUCUCCCCCUCCCCACCCAGCCCAUCCAGCAGAAGACUGCUUUUGACAAGGUUGCUACGUUGCUGGACCGCUUUGACUACGACGACGAGCCAGAAGGCGGAGAGGACUCCAAGAAGGAUGAGACCUCCUCGAUCCAGUCCUUUGGACAGCAACCUCCAGGGUUCCCUCAGCACAUGGAACACUUUCAGCCACACAUGAUGGGCAUGUCACAAGACCCUUCACAGCAAGUGUCCCUCCCUCCUAACGGGCAGCUCCAGGGCUACGGGCUGAUGCCGGGGCAGGCCUACCCAGGAAUGAUGCCUCCUCUGGGGCAGGCUCACCCUGGCCAGUCCCUUCCUGGCUCGGUGGGUCCUCCAGGCUUCCCAGGAGGCUACCCCCAUCACAACGAGGCCUUCAGCCAGCAAAUGGGCCAGCCGCAUCAGGAUAUGUGCAUGGAUCUGGACCCCGCGUCCAUGAGAGAGGCCCGCCAGCGCCCCGACGGCAGGAGAUCGCGCACUGGAUCCAAGUCGCCCAAGAGGAGGAGGUCACGGUCCAACUCGCGCACGCGGCGCUCCCGCCACCGGCGCUCGCGCUCCCGCGACCGCCACCGCCUGUCGCCGCGCUCGCGCUCCCAGGAGCGGCGGGAGAGGGAGAAGGAGCGAGAGCGCCGGCAGAAGGGGCUGCCCCUGCUCAAGGCCGACACGCUGAGCGUGUGCAGCACCACUCUGUGGGUGGGCCAGCUGGACAAGAGGACCCAGCAGCAGGACGUGGCCUGUCUCCUGGAGGAGUUCGGACAGAUCGACUCCAUCAACAUGAUUCCACCGCGAGGCUGUGCCUACAUUGUGAUGGUGCACAGGCAGGAUGCCUUCCGGGCCCUGCAGAAGCUCAGCCGGGGCUCCUACAAGGUCAACCAGAAGACCAUCAAGAUCGCCUGGGCGCUGAACAAGGGCAUCAGGUCGGAGCACAAGCAGUACUGGGACGUGGAGCUGGGGGUCACCUACAUCCCCUGGGCCAAGAUCAAGCAGGACCAGCUGGAUGGACUCCGCGAGGGGGGCAUGCUGGACGUAGACACCCUUUCCCCCGAGUGGAGGGGGGUUCAGAACAACCUUGAGGAACCAGAAGAGUCGGCCCAGAACGGGCGUUUUGAGCCAAUGCAGACCGAGGAGGUCCCUCUGGGGCCGGGGGCCACGCCCGCGCAGGUCCCCCAGGGGCCACCCAUGGUGGGUGUGGGGUCCCUCGCGCCCCCUGCCUUCCCGGGCCCCAUGGGUAUCCCUCCCCCAUCCUUCCCCCCUGGUGGACCCCCACCCCCACCGUUUAUGAGACCUGGAUUUAACCCCAUGCAGAUGCCACCAGGGUUCCCACCUCCAGGAGCCAUGCCUCUGGGCCCCCCUCCACCAUCCGCUGGCAUGGUGGACGACCCAUCUCUAGACCCGACAGGCAUGGGCCCCCGGAACAACAGCGAGGGCCCAGAGGGGCCUCACCACUACGGCCACCAGGGGCCCCUGCCCCUGCAGAUUAGCCCCAUGGGUAACCAGGUGGGUGGUCCCCCAGGAGGUCCCUCAGUCCACCCCCCCUCGGGUGGUCUUCUGGGGGCCCGGCCUGGCAUGAUGCCCCUACAGCGUCCUCCGGUCCUCCCGCCUCCGCACAUGCAGCGCUUCCCUCCCCCGCACGCCCCGCGGCCCCCCCACCCCAACAUGCCCCCCAUGCCGCCCCACAUGGGCCCCAGGGGGCCCCAUCCCCAGAUGAUGCACCAGGAGCCGCCUCUGCCUCCGGGGGCCUUUGGGAUGCCCCCUCUCCACAACAUGAGGGGCCCGUUUCCCCCGCAUGGCCCUCCCCCCGGCCCCCCUCCCUUCCUGAGACCGGGGGCUCCCCGGGGCCCCGAGGUGCCGGAGGAGAUGGAGGGGAGGCCCUUCAGGAGCGACAGGCCUGGGUUCAGGGACCAAGACCCUGACUGGGAGAGGGAGAGGGAUAGAGGCUUCGGGGGAGGGAGACGGCCGUUUGGCGACGGAGGAGGUGGGGAAAGGAUAGACUGCAGGGAACGGUUUGGAGGCUGGCCGGAGGAGGGAGGAGAGCAGAGAGGAGGAUGGGAGCGAGACAGGGAGCGAGGGAGGGGGGACUGGCGAGAGGGGGAGGGGGGGGACCGGGGCAGGAGCGAGGGAGGCGAUCGGGAGCGGGGGAGAGGGGACGGGGGCGACCGGGAGCGAAGCAGGGGGGAGGGAGGAGAGCGGGAGCGUAGCCGGGGCGAGGGAGGAGAGCGGGUGCGUAGCCGGGGCGAGGUAGGAGAGCGGGAGCGAAGCCGGGGCGAGGUAGGAGAGCGGGAGCGAAGCCGGGGCGGAGAGGGAGGGGAGCGAGGGAGGGGAGGCGAGGGGGGGGAUAGGGAGCGGGCGAGAGGGCCCGACGGGGAGAAGCUGAGGCGGAGAGAGAGGGGCACGCGGUGGGACAGGGACGACCGGCGGGGCGACAAGGGAGCGGAAUCGGAAAACCCGGAGCUCCUCCAGAACUCUAACAGCGCUGAGCAGCCAGCCUCCGCCGCUCCCCCGGUGCCUCCGACCCUUCCCAAGGAUCCCAGCCCCGAACCCCGGAAAGACUCGCCCGAAGAGCCUGUCCAACAGGAGGCCGAGUCAGAACCCUUAGCCCCGCCCCCCGAAGAAACUGCUGAACCCCCAAUAAGGACUGAGACUUCAGACACAGAGCCCACACAGGAGCCAGACGCAUAGGCUACCCCCACCCCCCUUCCACAACACAGACUGAACUUUAUCCACAAACCCUCUCUCCACCAUCAGGCCUGGAUGGAUAAGGUCUGAUACAUGCCGUUGGUUUAAAAAAAAACAACUAAACUACGAAAAGAAAAAAAAAGAACACAAACUACUGCUAUCCACGUCC